AUGGAGAAAAGAGAAGAUCUUGAGACGAUUUUAGCCUACUUGCCGGUAGAGAUUCAGGGUUCGUCUCUGUCUUGGCCAUCGUCACACUUGGUGGAGGUUUUAGAAGCUUUGACCGAAGGACCAAGUCACAGCAGAGUCGACUCGGGAAAAACUCUGUCUGAUUCCAUCUCUGACAUGAGACAAGCUCUCUCUUUGACUUCUCAUUUUUCUGAUUCAGCACUUCAAGGCUACACUCUCUUCUUCGACGAGCGAAUGUCGAAAGAAGAAUCAAGCAGAUGGUUUAACGAGUCUUUACCUGCAAUGGCUUGUCUUCUUCUGAGAUUCCCAUCUAUCUUGGAAUUACAUUAUCUAAGUUCAGAGAAUCUCAUCAAUGGCACAAAAACCGGUCUUCGUGUCUUAGGCCCCAAAAAAGCAGGCAUUGUGUUCCUCAGCCAGGAACUUAUAGGAGCAUUGCUUUCAUGUUCUUUCUUCUGUUUGUUUCCUGUCGAUAAUAGAGGCUCAAAUCUUCUUCCAAACAUCAAUUUCGACAAAUUGUUCGGAAGCCUAAUCAACACGGCACGAAACGAGCACCAAGAGAACAAGAUCAAAUGCAUACUUCAUUACUUCCAGAGGUUAUCUUCCUCUAUACCUCCUGGAUUCGUCUCAUUCGAACGCAAGAUUCUCUCUUUAGAACAAGAUACUUCUGGUCUCGAAGCUAGUCCUGAUGCAGAUUUUUGGAGUGCAUCUACUGUCAAUCUCUGCCCUGUUGAGGUUCAUACUUCUGGUUUAAUAGAGGAUCAAAGUGUUGAAGCACUUGAAGUUGACUUCGCCAACAAGUACUUAGGAGGUGGUGCUCUUCGCAAGGGAUGUGUCCAGGAAGAGAUUCGAUUCAUGAUCAAUCCAGAAUUGAUCGCUGGUAUGCUCUUCUUACCAGCCAUGGAAGCCUCUGAAGCAAUUGAAGUUGUUGGUGCUGAAAGAUUCUCUCACUACACAGGAUAUUCAUCUUCCUUUCGGUUUUCUGGUGAUUACAUGGACACAAAGGGAAUAGAUGUUUUCGGAAGGCGAAAAACAAGAAUCAUCGCCAUAGAUGCUCUUCGUCAUCCAGGAACCUCCCAAUACAAACUUGAACGCCUCCUCAGGGAGACCAAUAAGGCUCUCUGUGGUUUCCUCCAUGUCUGCAAGAAUCAGUGCAUUGAUCAUGAAGAUGGAGUUGGUGUUGCAACAGGGAAUUGGGGAUGUGGUGCUUAUGGUGGAGAUCCUGAGCUCAAAUAUUUUCUUCAAUGGAGUGCUGUUUCACAGGCAAGAAGACCAUUCAUGUCUUACUACACUUUUGGAUUUGAAGCACUCCAUAACCUAAAUCAGGUAACGGAAAUGGUUAUAUCUAAAGGUUGGACGGUGGGAGAUCUAUGGAAGAAACUAGUCGAGUAUUCGAACCAGAGGCUAAGAAGCAGCAAGAAAAGAAGAGAGCCUAAACUUGGUUUCUUUGAUUGGCUUUAUGGCAUUGACUGA